AUGGAGGAUACGUUUAAUGAGUUCUGCAGUUCUGUUAAAAAGGGAUCAACAACCUGCACUGAUAAAACUCUCAAGAAAAUCUGCACGGACUGUAAGAUCUACUGCAAGGGAAUGGACGCGAACCGUGUAGAUAUCCAAUUUAGAAAGCACCUUGGAGUGGGCAAACGUGACGUCGAUUACAAAGGAUUUUGCAGCUUUGUCGAAAAUGAACUAGCUGAUGCCUACAUGGAAGCCAAAAACAUCGAUAAAGAAACAGCUAUCGCUGAGCUCAAAUUAAAAGUUGCAAACGGCCACCCCGAGUCUCAUGGAGUAGCUACUGUGAGUAAUGAUAGAGUAACGGCUCGACUCACUGAUCACAAAGCCUACACCGGCACUCAUAAGGAGAGAUUCGACUCCGAAACCGGUAAAGGAAGAGGCAAGGAGGGGAGAGAGAAUGUUCCUGACAAAAAAGCCCAACAGGGCUACGUUGGCAACUACAGGAACAUGGACACUUAUGAUAAGAUGCACAGCAAAUAA